AUGAGAGUCAAGGUGUUCGGUGUCAGCGAUUACAUAUCUGUGGUUCCAGCCGAUGACGAUGUUGCAAUGUUUCCGCGCAACACACGGAAACACCUUCAUCCAACCUCCAAGCUUCUCGAAAGUGCUGCACCCUCAUCGCGAGACAACACUACCCUGGACAUUGCCACCUUCUUUGAUAGCAUCAGCAUGUCCAGACCGCGACAGGUCAACCUCUCAAACCGACCAACGAACCCUGUGUCCGCAUACUCUUCGGGACGUCAUGGUCAAGCCGGUCAGGGCACACAAGCAACCAUUGCCCUCGCUCAGCAGGAACGCCGCCAACGACAACUAGACCGGGAGCGCUUGCAGGCAACCUACAUUCUACAACGCACAUGGAGGGGAUACAAGGCCCGGAAAGCCGCAAAGGACUCUUGGAGAACAGAGUGGGAUAAUGUGGAACGUAAUAGAGGGCCAGAUGCGAGACCCGGUUCCGAUGGAGACGCGCUGGUGUGGAUGGGUAUGCCGCAGCCCUAUGCGGACCCUACGGAUUGUUUAUCUCAGCUGAGGAAGCUGUUGUGUUUCAUUUGGAUUAAAGACCGGGAUGACUGGGCACGGCUAUCAUAUUUUGCAAAGUCUUUCCAAAUGACUUUGGAAGAGGCUCCUGUCCUGCAACCUGAUGGAGAAUGGCCGCCCACCCUUCGCCGCCUUGGAGUGGUUACUCUCCAGUUCCUUGCGACAACUCCCUCGUCGGUGCCGUCUGUGUCGUUGGUUAAUGAUUUCCUCCAGCUUAUAACGUUUCUUUCUACUUUGUUACCAACACAGAUGACUCGACUAGCUGAACGGUACUAUUCUGCAUUAACGGCCAUAACUUUAAACCUCCAGACGUCGCUGAAUACUAGUCAAACCAGAGACAUGGUCGUUAGAAGUGUGCUUGCCCUUCUUCAGCCUAUCACAUCGGAAACGCUCGAUGCCUACGGGUGGUUCGGACGAGUCUUUUUAGCCAUCCCGUCUCUUGACCGCCACCUUGGAGGGCUAGAUGACCUCGCCGCGGGAGUAAACUAUAAACUUCUGGCCUCCGCGAUAGAUUCACAUAUCCCGCCAUGUGCAAAUUCUUUUUCCGAGCCAAUAGACGUCGACAGACGAUUGUGGCUGCUCUCCUAUUUCAUCUACUUCCAUCGACACGCACAAGGUGAUGGUGUAGUCAAGCAAGCCCCUGAGACUUUGUUUGUCAAGGCCGUUUCGGGACUGCUAAGCCCUAUAGCUGGUGAAGUAUCUCGUCGUCUUGGUGGCGAGGAAAAGACCCAGGCUGAGCUACUUCCCCCCUUUGUUCGAAGUCAACUCUACACACUACUCGACCAGCACAGCAUUACACACCUUCUGAGCCACGCAGCACCAAAUCGACUUCCGACUGUCAACAGUAACAGUUCUCAGCUACACCUACAAGCAUCAAAAGAUGUAAAGGCCCUAGCGGCCUAUGCACUGACACUCUUAAGGGUUUUCCCGAAGCGAGGUGAUGAAAUACGCAUGUGGCUUUACUUGGGUUCUGCUAUGGAAACAGGAACAGGUGGAGAUUCCACUUCUGGUCGGCUACCUGCCAUCAAGUACUUUUGGAACGCAUCUAAAUCAACAAGGGUAUUUCUAAAUAUAACACAAAACUCGCGCGAUGUCCUUGCAAUGCUUCAGACAGGCUCUGCACUUAGCUCCCAGGGCGGUCCAAUCGCCGAACAGAGUAGCGACCGAGAACAAGAAUGGACAGUUAUUCUGCUGUUUCUUGAGCUUUAUACCUUUCUCCUGAAAGUUUUGGACGAUGAGGAAUUCUUUUCUGCCACUCCUUCGCUAGGCAAACCUUCAAAAUCCAAUGCUUCCUGGACACAAGAAAGCGCACUACCACUAGACGAUGUUAGGAAUCUAACCCUUUUCUUGAAGAACUUGGCGUUCACACUAUAUUGGAACUCAGCGGAUUUGACCUCUACAAAUAUAGAUCCUUCAGACACCGACGGCAUUCGAAAUUACUUUAGCAUCCGUUCUCCGCCACUGGAGCCGGUUCACUCAAACCUGAAAUCUAAGAGGAGUACUUUAGUAAGCGUUACCGGGAUACCUCUCGAUUAUUUUAAAGGGUUGGUUACAGGUUUGUUACGCAUGGUGCACGAGAGAGAUUCAAGACGGAAAUUUUUGCCUGAUAGCCAUUGGCUUAUGGUCGACCGUUUUGAUAUGGAAGGGUUCAUUCCCACGGUCGUCGCUGAGGAAGAAAAUAGACAUCAGCUCCAAGAUUACGACGAGGACGAUGAUGACAACGAUGAUGAGGCACUCAAUGAAACAAUGGAAGAUGAUUAUGAUCAUUUCCCGGUGUUAGUAGGAACUGGGAGGGCUCACCACCUUCGCCGGAUCGAGGAGCUUAGAAAACGACAACAACAAGUCGCAAGGAGGAAAGAGCUCGAGGCUGUUGCUCCACGACUAGAAAUUUUGAGGAACAUACCAUUCUUCAUACCGUUCGCCACCCGUGUUCAGAUAUUCCGGGAGUUCAUCUUCAGAGAUCAAGUUCAAAGGAGACGGGGCUUUAUUGACCCUGACUCCUGGCGCUUGUCCGUUGCUCAUAGCUUGAUGGGAUUGAGCAAUGAUGGUAUGUCCAGGGGACAUGACAUCUUGAGCAAGCAUCAUGCGAACAUAAGACGAGAGUCCUUGUUCCAGGACGCGUUCGAUAAGUUCUAUGAGCUAGGUGAUGGCUUGAAGGAACCGAUACAAAUUUCGUUUAUCGACAAAUUCGGCACGCCCGAAGCAGGAAUCGAUGGCGGCGGGGUCACCAAGGAAUUUCUGACGAGCGUCAUUAGUGACGCUUUCAACCCUUCGGAGCCCUCCAGCCUUUUUAUCGAAAACGAUCAGCACCUGCUGUACCCGAACCCUACACUCAUAGAGCAGCGAAAGGCUCAGCUCCGACGGCAAGGAGUCCCCGAAAGAAGCCCCACCAUGAACGCAGAGGUUAAGGAAAUAUUGAAACGGUAUGAGUUUCUAGGCCGUAUCAUCGGAAAAUGUCUAUACGAGGGAAUUUUAGCGGAUGUCAGCUUCGCGGGGUUCUUUCUUUUAAAAUGGGCCCUGACUGGGGGGACGAGUUCGGCGCGGAAAGAGUCUUCUUAUCGUGCCAAUCUCAAUGAAGUACGGGAUCUCGACGAAGGCCUGUAUCAAGGCCUGCUCCAACUGAAAAACUACCCAGGAGAUGUCGAAGACUUCGCUCUAAAUUUCACCGUAACAGAUACCAUAGCCGUCCCCAUCGAAAAACCAGACGGCACGAUUGAAACAAUCACAGAAAACAUAACCAAAGAUCUCAAACCGCACGGCUCCGAGAUCCCUGUGACGAACCAAAACCGACUCGUCUAUAUCUCCUACAUCGCUCGCCACCGCCUCCAAGCACAGCCUUAUCUACAAACCAACGCCUUCCUCCAGGGCCUCGGCACCAUCAUCCAACCCUCCUGGCUAUCUAUGUUCAACCAGUCCGAGCUCCAAACCCUCGUCGGCGGAGACACGGGUGAGAUUGACGUAGCCGACCUACGGCGGAACACUGUCUACAGCGGCAGCUACGUGAUUGGCGACGAUAACCAGGAACAUCCCACGAUCAAGCUAUUCUGGGAGGUGCUGCAGACGAUGACGAAUGCGGACCGGCAGAAGUUAUUGAAAUUCGUGACGUCGACGCCUCGAGCGCCGCUGCUGGGUUUCAGCCAUUUGAAUCCGCGGUUUAGCAUACGCGAUUCGAGUGCAGAUGAGGAGCGGUUGCCCAGCACAAGCACGUGUGCAAAUUUACUGAAACUACCCCGGUAUACACGCCUCGACACGCUGAGGGAGAAACUGAUGUAUGCGAUUAAUGCAGGGGCAGGGUUUGAUUUGAGUUGAGUUCAGUUUAGACGAAAUGGGACUUGGGCCUUUUCUCUCUUUCUUCAUUUUCUUUCUUCUUUCUCCCUCUCCCCCCGUCUCGUGGCACAUUGAAGUUGGGCUUUUAUUUUACUUUAUUUUUUCAAGCUCCCUCCCUCUAAUGGAAUGCCUAGACGACAGGUUGGCAAUAAAGACUAAUGGAAAGGCCUGACAAAUAUAUACUUGUGAGGUUAAUGUCGCUAAGCAAGCAUUGUUCUCUGAUAUCACAACUGGGAGACUGGCAAUUUUCCUCUUUAUUUUUUAUUGAACUUUAUCAUCAUGAUCAUAUUUUCCACAGAGUGGGGCAUGGCUUGCCAGCGUUAUGCUCAUUUUUGUUUAAUAUUCUAGCUAGCGUUUCCUUCUCUUUCCAAACAAACAAAAAUAUCGCCAAUGGUUGCUUGUUGCUUGUUCUAAUUGUC